AUGGGCUGGGAUGGAGGAUACGAGCCCAAUGGCACUGAGGGAAAAAACUUCUACAUACCGAUGUCCAACAAAACCGGCAUUGUCAGAAGUCCCUUUGAAUACCCACAGUACUACAUGGUGGACCCAAUGAUGUUUAAGGCCCUAGCCUUCUACAUGUUUUUCCUGAUCUGCACCGGAACUCCCAUCAACGGCCUGACGUUGCUUGUUACAGUUCAGAACAAGAAAUUACGGCAACCCCUCAACUACAUCCUUGUGAAUCUGGCCGUGGCCGGGCUCAUCAUGUGCUGCUUUGGCUUCACCAUCACCAUAACAUCUGCUUUUAGUGGUUAUUUCAUUCUUGGAUCCACCUUCUGCGCUAUUGAAGGAUUCAUGGCAACACUUGGAGGUGAGGUUUCUCUCUGGUCCUUGGUUGUGCUGGCUAUAGAGAGAUAUAUUGUCGUAUGCAAACCCAUGGGCAGUUUCAAAUUCACUGGAACUCAUGCCGCUGCUGGAGUCCUCUCCACAUGGAUCAUGGCUCUUGCUUGUGCAGCACCCCCACUUUUUGGGUGGUCCAGGUACCUUCCUGAAGGCAUGCAGUGCUCCUGCGGACCUGACUAUUACACCUUGGCUCCAGGAUACAACAAUGAAUCUUAUGUCAUCUACCUGUUUGUGGUUCACUUCUUCGUUCCUGUUUUUCUGAUUUUAUUCACCUAUGGAAGCCUUGUCAUGACAGUCAAAGCUGCCGCAGCUCAGCAGCAGGAUUCAGCUUCUACUCAGAAAGCUGAGAAGGAGGUAACACGUAUGUGUGUCUUGAUGGUGUUGGGCUUCCUGGUAGCCUGGUUGCCAUAUGCAGCUUUUGCCGGCUGGAUCUUUCUUAACAAAGGAGCAGCUUUCUCAGCUCUGACUGCCUCAAUACCUGCUUUCUUUGCAAAGAGCUCAGCCCUGUACAAUCCAGUUAUCUAUGUGCUGAUGAACAAACAGUUUCGUAACUGCAUGCUCAGCACCAUUGGAAUGGGCGGCAUGGUGGAGGAUGAGACCUCAAUUACAACUAGCAAGACAGAAGUCUCUACUGCUGCUUAA